AUGGUCAGUGUCCUCAUGUCCCAUGGUCAGCGUUCUAAUGUCCCAUGGUCAGUGUCCUCAUGUCCCAUGGUCAGUGUCCUCAUGUCCCAUGGUCAGUGUCCUCAUGUCCCAUGGUCAGUGUCCUCAUGUCCCAUGGUCAGUGUCCUCAUGUCCCAUGUGUCCUCAUGUCCCAUGGUCAGUGUCCUCAUGUCCCAUGUCAAUGCCCUCAUGUCCCAUGGUCAGUGUUCUAAUGUCCCAUGGUCAGUGUACUCAUGUCCCAUGGUCAGUGUCCUCAUGUCCCAUGUGUCCUCAUGUCCCAUGGUCAGUGUCCUCAUGUCCCAUGUGUCCUCAUGUCCCAUGGUCAGUGUCCUCAUGUCCCAUGGUCAGUGUCCUCAUGUCCCAUGGUCAGUGUCCUCAUGUCCCAUGGUCAGUGUCCUCAUGUCCCAUGGUCAGCGUUCUAAUGUCCUAUGUGUCCUCAUGUCCCAUGGUCAGUGUCCUCAUGUCCCAUGGUCAGUGUCCUCAUGUCCCAUGGUCAGUGUCCUCAUGUCCCAUGGGCAGUGUUCCUAUGUCCCAUGGUCAGUGUCCUCAUGUCCCAUUGUCAGUGUCCUCAUGUCCCAUGUGUACUCAUGUCCCAUGGUCAGUGUUCUAAUGUCCCAUGGUCAGUGUCCUCAUGUCCCAUGGUCAGUGUCCUCAUGUCCCAUGGUCAGUGUCCUCAUGUCCCAUGGUCAGUGUCCUCAUGUCCCAUGGUUAGUGUCCUCAUGUCCCAUGGUCAGUGUCCUCAUGUCCAAUGUGGAGUGA